ACUACUUCACUUCCGCUGUCGCCACCUUCUUUGUCUCUGGCCCUGGCUGCGAUUGCGCAGGACUGUUAUCUAUCUGUUUCACUAUAAUCUUGAGGAUAUAUUCACAUAUAUAUCCAUACUUUUCUGCUGUUGAAUGACAGUCGACUCUGAAAUAUAUAUGCCUAAAAGCAAAGCGCCAAAAAUGGAUGACCUGGACUACAUCCCAGUAGACCUGAGCCCAGAGGAGCGCUCUGAGCUGGAGGACAUCCGCAGGAGGAAGGGCGCCCUGCUGCAGGAGAUCCAGAGGCUCCGUGAGGAGCUCAGGGAGGCCAUCUUGGAGGUGGAGGGGCUGGAGAGCAGCACAGAGGGCAGCAAAACUCUACAAAAAAGUAGGCAUGUCGCAAUGGGGAGGAAGAAAUUCAACAUGGACCCCAAAAAGGGAAUAGUAUUUCUAGUGGAGAACGACUUGCUACGACACACUGCAGAGGACGUUGCUCAGUUCCUUUAUAAAGGAGAAGGCCUCAACAAAACUGCUAUCGGGGAUUACCUUGGCGAGAGGGAUGACUUCAACCUCAAAGUACUGCAAGCCUUCGUUGACCUCCACGAGUUCACCGACCUCAACCUCGUCCAGGCCCUCAGACAGUUCCUGUGGAGCUUCCGUCUGCCCGGUGAGGCGCAGAAGAUAGACCGCAUGAUGGAGGCCUUUGCUCAGAGAUACUGCCACUGCAACCCCGGGGUCUUCCAAAGCACCGACACGUGUUACGUGCUGUCUUUCGCUAUCAUCAUGUUGAACACCAGCCUUCACAACCCAAACGUGAGGGACAAGCCGGGGGUGGACCGCUUCAUCUCCAUGAACCGGGGCAUCAAUGAAGGGGGAGACUUGCCAGAGGAUCUGCUCAGAAACCUGUAUGAUAGCAUUAAAAACGAGCCCUUUAAAAUCCCAGAAGAUGACGGAAAUGACCUGACGCACACCUUCUUCAACCCCGACCGAGAAGGCUGGCUGCUCAAACUUGGGGGGCGGGUGAAGACCUGGAAGCGGAGAUGGUUCAUCCUUACGGACAACUGCCUCUACUACUUUGAGUACACCACAGAUAAGGAGCCUAGGGGCAUCAUUCCUCUGGAGAACCUAAGCAUCCGGGAGGUCGAAGACCCAAGGAAACCGAACUGCUUUGAGCUCUACCUCCCCAACAACCGCGGUCAGCUGAUCAAGGCCUGCAAGACGGAGGCUGACGGCCGCGUGGUGGAGGGGAACCACAUGGUAUACCGGAUCUCAGCCCCUACCCCCGACGAGAAGGACGAGUGGAUCCACAGCAUCACCUCUGCGGUCAGCGUGGAUCCCUUCUAUGAGAUGCUGGCGGCAAGGAAGAAGCGUAUAUCACUGAAGAAGAAAGAAGAGCAGCCGUAGAUGCUUUCUCCCAGCAGGGGUUUUGCUUCCAAUUCCUGUCUUUUUCCCCCCUCAUCUUAUGAGUCCUCCCAGCAUUUUUGUCUCCAUCAUUCUGGACUGUUCCUUGGUCAGUUAGCCAAUGCGUUUGUCUCUUUCAAACUCAUCUUGUGUCCCGACACGAGGCCCCCUUCCCAUCCGGUUUGUACGACUUUUCAGAAGCUAUACUCGGAGUAAAGAGCUCCUUCACUGUGGUUGCCUUUACUACCUUAGUGAUGCUAGGAUUACUACUGCUGCGACCAUAACACCACAUUAAGAGCACACCGUACUACUACUACUUCCCCUUUCUAACUACGCUCCUCACUCGUUUGACGUCAAGGUGAACUGUGAAAUUUGUCUUCUUCAGGGUAGCAAGCAAUCCUAGUACUCAAGUCACAACUUUAAUUAUUUUUGUUCAACAUUUACCAAGUAGGUAUUGACCGCUUAGCUACAGGUUCUUGCUCUGGUAGCAUUGUAAAAAACACACCAAAGUAUUGUUGUUCAUCGCUGUUCAUAUUUACAUUCACAAAGUUACAUUUGUACGGCCUAGUUGGGUCUCUAAGUUAUCUAACUAUUUGGCGGAUAAUGAGUCAUUUUCGGUUGCCAACUUCUAUUUAGCUGAGCUGUUUUGUUUUUGCGGAAUCUUAAGCUGGUUUACUGGGCUGAGACGCUUGUAUGUUUCUUGGUAUUCAUGAGCAAUAGUCAUUCUCGAGUAGAGUAGCAUGGUGCUGUUCUCGAUGGCUUGUUGAAUGCCUUUCUAACACAAUAUAAACGUACGAGUUAGGCUCAUGUUUAUGACUUGAUAUAUUGGCAUACCACAUCCCCCCCCCCCCCCCCCCCCCCCAGGUUACUGCUGCUAGAUAACUGCUUGCAUCUUUCUCACUUUACACAUCUUUCUCACUUUUUACGUUUAAUAUCUACGUUUUAAUAUAGGUGGUUUGGACACUUCCAGGUUUUUGCGUUGUGCUGGGUUUUAGCAAGACGUUGAAUGGCAGCUUUGUUAUACUGUCACCUUUUUUUGUGUAAAUAGUUGUUAGCUUAUUUGUUUACAAUACACAUAGAAGUGAUUUAAUUUAUUGUGUCAGUUUAGAAGAAUCACAUUUUUUACAAGCUACUGUAGGACUGCAUGUUAAUUGAUGGAGGCAUUAUAGGGCGAGUUGGGCCAUGCGGAUAUUUUGUACAUUUAUUGGAGACGUGCUGAUGGAUAUACAUGUAGGAUUUGAGAUUGAAGUCACUCAUCUGUGAAUCAUGUUUUGUUUUUAUUAUGGAGAAUCAUGAUCAGCGUGAUUAUGAUAAUUUUGUCAUUUGUCCAGACAUGCUAAUCAAGAUGUGACGUUAGAAGUGAGCUGUUGGUUGACUGAGUGGAUCGAACAAAGCACAAGCAGGGAGCUGUGCCACGGGCGGUUAGCUUCCUCCUCGCUGUCCAGACGAUAAACACGGUUAUUACUCUGAAGAAUUCAAACCUCAACAAUGCUUAUUACUUAUGUACCAAGUGGAAAAUUGUUUCUUGGCUGCUCCAUAGUUAUUAAAUUAUAUGCAUUAGUUUGCCAGUUGCUUGGAAUUGAACCUGUUGGUUGGAAAUGCUGCAGCUCUGUAGGAUAACUGUCCCGCACUUUAUCAUUUUGUUAUUUUCUUUGCAAUUUUGAAGCUUUUUCAAAUGCUCAUAUUUGACUGUUGAUACUAAUACUCUCUUAGCGCCCUCUAUCAGUGAUUUGACAUGCCUGCAAAGUCCUUGAAGGUUUUGCUGUGACUUGUGGGGAUACAUGUAAAUGUGAACACUAACCCCAUCGCCAGGUCCGUUCCCACUACAGGAAGCAGCAAAGAUAUACUUGAUCAAUAUAUUGCAAUAGAUCUGCUUGUUGUGCACCACUGCCCUUGCCCUCUGGUGCAUCGGCUAAAUGUAGAGGCAAGCCUUUAAUCUGACCUGAUGUUGCUUCUAAGACAUAACUGAAGCGUGGUCCUUGUGGGAAAGAUUAAGGAAUGCCUUCUGUUCACCUGGGUUUUACCAAAAUACACUAAACUAAAAGCCCCGCCUCCCCGCCCCUGCGCUCCUAUUGAAUGAAGGUUCGAACUUGUCAUAUGACAGGGCCUUGAUCUACCGGGGUAUCUUGAUGUGCAAAGUUGCCAAAAGCUGUUGGGACAUUUACAAUAAGUUAUCCCAACACUGACGGAUGGAUCUUAAUGAUCAGCCACAUGACUGAAACUGGGCUGAUGGUACCUGAUUCCUCAACCACCUCUCUUCCAGAAAUGUAGUUUAUUUUGUAUUUAUUUAUUUUUGUUUAUUGCAGGAUGGGUAGAUCAUCUGUAAAUGUAGCAAAACAAAAACCGAGGUAUGUUGUGUCAGGAAACUACUGUGUAACAAUAAAAGGUGAACUGAAAUGAA